UAUUUUGCACCGUUUUCUUGUGUUAUCAAUUACUUUGGUUUCAUUUUAAAUGUAUUCCGAUUCAUUAGAUUGGCUAUGGGAAGAUAUUAAUUCACCUAAUCUGGUUGAAGAAAUUGAAGUCGAUUAUUUGGGUACAAUUAACGACAGUCAUUCAGACACCAGCUCCCAAUCUAGUUACAAUGUUGAUUGUUCGUUGUUAAUCGGAAAUGAGAAAACAGAAGAAAAAUUAGAUGAACAUUUCGACAAUAUUAACGAUGAUGUACCAGAAAACUUACCAGAAUCGUAUACAAAAACUUCAAACAUUGAAAAGCUGAUACUUUUUUGCGCAGAAAAUUUUAUUGAGCAAUUCAAAGUAAAAUAUCCAGACAGAAGACAGUUGGUUUUAAUACCACAAAAUGAAUGCGGUGUACAGGUAACAUAACGUUUCCAUAAGAUUUAUGAAAUUUGCAGUUUAGUUUCUGGUAGCAUCUCGGA